GGGAUGGGUACAGGGUGAGGAUGGCGAGCUGCUGGGUGCUGGUGCUGGCACUGCUUGGGGGAGUCUGUGCCCUCCCGGCCCCACUGAGUUACCCUCAGGCACUGACUCAGGCUGUGGACUCCUACAACCAACGGCCUGAGCUGCAGAAUGCCUUCCGGCUACUCAGCGCCGACCCCGAGCCUGGCCCGGGCGUCGAUCUGAGCACGCUGCGGACGCUCAACUUUACCAUCAUGGAGACAGAGUGCGUCCCAAGGGCACAGACGCCCAUCGAUGACUGCGACUUCAAGGAGAAUGGGGUCAUCAGGGACUGCUCGGGGCCGGUGACCAUCCUGCAGGACACUCCUGAGAUCAAUCUACGCUGCAGAGACGCCUCAUCAGAUCCCGUUCUCGUCCAGCGGGGCCGAUUUGGCCGCUUCCUGAGCAAGAUCCGGCGCUUCCGCCCUAAGUUCACCAUCACCAUCCAGGGCAGCGGGCGCUUUGGCUGAAUGAAUAAAUGGGGCCACGUGUGGCCACCGAGUGUCA